GAAAAGUCACUGGCGCCUCGCACUCCGUCAGUAGCGGAUCAUGCUUAACUUGGUCAAAACUUUUGCAAUGGCGCUAGGCUUACUAUCAACCUGAGUUCCUGAACAACUGACUGCCACGAUGGAACGCGAGAAUGGAUACAACUCUUCCGUGCCCCACCAGCACUUCUCCACCAAUCACACGCCGCAGUAUCUCCCGGAUACCAGCGAACCUCUCACCACCGUGGUGACCAUGACCAUAGUGUACGCUCUGAUUCUCGUCACGGGCGUUACCGGAAACGUGUGCACUUGUAUCGUCAUCGCGCGGAAUCGCUACAUGCAUACCGCCACCAACUUUUACCUCUUUAGCCUAGCCAUUUCCGACCUGUUACUUCUACUUCUUGGAUUACCUCAAGAAACCUACCAACUCUGGAGGAAGUACCCGUACGUCUUCGGCGAAGCAUUCUGCAUCAUCCGCGGCAUGACGUCCGAGAUGUCGACGAACGCUUCGAUACUGACGAUAACCGCGUUUACCGUUGAACGGUACGUGGCGAUAUGCCACCCUCUGAAAGCUCACACCAUGUCGCAGCUACCGCGCGCCAUUCGUUCCAUAGUCGGAAUAUGGAUCGUAGCGGGAACGUUUGCGCUACCGUUAGCGCUACAGUUCGGCAUAGUGUACGAGGCCGGCGAGAACGGUGUGCCGAUACCGGAGACGGCGGAGUGCAUGUUGAAGCACCCCGUGGAGCACGCGUUUACGGUGUCGACGGUGUUGUUCUUUGUGUUGCCCAUCAGUGUCAUAUCGGUGUUGUAUGUGUUGAUCGGCAUUCAACUGAGGAGAUCGUCGGCGCCGAGGGACAGGUCGCCGGAGAUAAACGGUAGUGCGAGAGGGAAUAAAGGGUCUUUGAGGUAUACCGGUGGAGGAUCUAAGCGUGCCGUGGUCAAAAUGUUAGUGGCUGUGGUGGUCUCCUUCUUCAUCUGCUGGACCCCUUUCCAUGCUCAACGCCUCAUCGCUACCUACGCGGAGCAGACCGCAACCAUGCAGCUCAUCUUCACCAUUCUCACCUACAUUUCUGGUGUCACCUACUACCUAAGUGCAACCAUGAAUCCCAUCCUUUACCAAGUGAUGUCCGUCAAGUUUCGCCAAGCGUUCGCGGACACCUUCGGUCACUGUUGGGUCGGCGCCAGCAGGCGCCAAAAGGCAACCCUGGACAUCACGUUUACGAGCUUUUACAAUCACCACAAUUCUUCGUCACUGUGUUCGUCCUCUUCGAGAAUGAAUCGGAGGAAGAGCAUCAGCACGCAGAACUUGGCACAGCCCAAGUUAGACGCUGAAGGGAACGGCAAAAGGGCCAGCUUUCGAUGCAGACGGCUCUCUGCAUCCUGCACGGACAUUUGUAUAGAAGGACUUGCGAAUGAGCAGCCGCAUCAAGAGCAGAACUUGUGUUCAGUGAAUCCGAAUUCGGCGGAGCUUUGAUGUAGUGGUACAUGACAGACCUCCUCGAUGCUCCCCCCCUUGUUUUUUUCCUUCUUCUUCGUUUUUCUGCCGACGAAGUGAUGCGGUUCAGCGUGAUUCAGGGAAAUAAAAACUGGAUUUCUUCAUGCGAGACUUCUUUGACUGAGCCUUUUAAGGAGACAAGUUUAUUUAACGUUUCCCUAAUUCUCUUUCUCUCUCUCAGCGUGUGAUGCGGUGAAGUUCAUUUUUAAGAGUGUACGUUGAAGGAGUAUAUACCCACGUAUUGUCUGUCUCAAUUUCUCUCUCCCUCUCUUUUUCCGUUAGCUAUAAAAGGCUGUCAAGGUGCUCAUCCCAGUAAGAUUCGUAGCUUUCGAGGUGUUUCCACGCCCUUCUGAGCAUACACUGCCACUGCUUUUGUAGCACUUCCGCUUUUAUCAAACUGCCGCUUAUAUCGAAUAUUAUUUCCGGUUCCGUUCACUUCGUUAUAACGACUCCUUACAGUAUUUGACUACCGAAAUUCUAAAAGAAAAGUUGAGUUUUAACUCGGCACGUCCUUUCGAGCCAUUCACGCAGAAAAAGAGAUCCGCACAUAUGGAUAAGUUUUAGAGUGCGCACGGAGCUCAAACUGAAAGUGGAAAAGACAUGUCACAAAGCGAUUUUUGGACGAUGACGACGAGAGAGCUCUCCUCUGACGUACACCAGAUGGCGCAACGCGGUUCUUUCUCGCUGCUUUCUUUCAAUCUCUCUCUACCUUCACAGUGGCGCCCUUUCAGUGUUGGGUUUCGUCGAAAUUGUAACAGGAAACAGAGCUGCAUACAGAGUGACCAUUUGCCCGGCUAUUCCUGCCGGCUGCACGGCGCUGUCAAUGUUGUCGCCACUCCUUUGUAUCUCGUAUUUCGUUUGUGCCAACUGCUUUAUAUGCUUGCUACGCCCGUGAGGUAAAUAUUUAAGUGGAUCACACACACUUUGUAACUCGUUUUUCUUGGUUGGAAGAUGGCAGUAAGGCGGUAUUUUCUUUUUUUAAAUUAUAACAAAGCGCGCGAGUGGAUCACUCGAAUUCAAGUCGAGCGCUUUUAUUUGGAUCCUGGCAUUUUGGACCGUAACUGUGCCAUGUCAUAAAUAUUACGCGAUACAGUUACAAUCGCACGAUUUCUUUUUGUAACUUUGCUUUGUGGCAAGUUUGUUCGUGAACUUUGGAGGGGUAUAUGUUUAGUAAAACAAAAAAAGAAAAGUCACUGAAACGCAAAGUCGACUUGCCAUUUCAUUAAAAAAUAUCUCGCUGGUAGUUCGUAAUUUAUUUAGACUUAGUGCUCACUAAUGUGAACCAAGAAUUCAAAGGCUAUUGAUAAGUUCUGUGAGUAUAAGAUCCGAAGUGCACUACUGUUUUUCUUUUUUUUUACUACACUCAAUUGUAUAGGGGUUUCUGUAUAGUGCCAAGUACGUUAUUAAAGAAAGGAGUUCGGGUAACUACAUCCUUUCACUGCUGUUGGAAUCUGCGUGCACUCUGAU